ACCGCCAAAAAUGUCCUCUGCUGCUGCUGACGAAAGUGAUGCUGUGCUCGAGAAUCUUAUUGCGAAAGAAAUCCUUCCCCAAACCGGCAACUGGGAAGGAACCGAGGAAUUUCUUAAUCGAAUUGUUCAGGUUCUUCUGAAGUACAUCAAAGAUCAGAAUGAUCGUGAUCAGAAGAUUCUGGAAUUCCAUCAUCCAGAUAAAAUGCAAAUGUUGAUGGAUUUGUCUAUUCCAGAGAAACCGGAGAGCUUGUUGAAGCUUGUGAAGAGCUGUGAAGAUGUGCUUCGAUUGGGUGUACGUACUGGACAUCCACGCUUUUUCAACCAAAUCUCGUGUGGACUCGACUUGGUUUCGAUGGCUGGGGAAUGGCUUACCGCAACUGCAAAUACUAAUAUGUUCACCUAUGAAAUCGCGCCUGUCUUCAUCCUUAUGGAAAAGUCGGUAAUGGCCAGAAUGUGGGAAGCAGUUGGAUGGGAUCCGGAAAAAGCUGAUGGAAUCUUUGCACCAGGUGGAGCAAUCGCCAAUUUGUAUGCAAUGAAUGCGGCACGUCAUCAACUUUGGCCACGUAGCAAGCAUCUCGGAAUGAAGGAUAUUCCGACAUUGUGCUGCUUUACUAGCGAGGAUAGUCACUACUCCAUCAAAUCUGCCUCCGCUGUUCUUGGCAUUGGCGCAGACUAUUGCUUCAACAUUCCAACCGAUAAAAAUGGAAAAAUGAUUCCAGAAGCUCUAGAAGCUAAGAUUAUCGAAUGUAAAAAAGAGGGUCUGACCCCGUUCUUUGCCUGCUGCACAGCCGGCUCAACUGUCUACGGAGCAUUUGAUCCAUUGGAGCGAGUCGCAAACAUCUGUGAACGUCAUAAGCUCUGGUUCCACGUGGAUGCCGCUUGGGGUGGUGGAAUGCUCCUGUCUCCCGAGCAUCGGUACAAGCUGGCAGGAAUUGAGAGAGCUAAUUCAGUGACAUGGAAUCCACAUAAGCUCAUGGGAGCACUUCUCCAGUGCUCGGCAUGCUUGUUCCGUCAGGAUGGACUACUGUUCCAGUGUAAUCAAAUGUCGGCUGAUUAUCUAUUCCAACAAGAUAAACCGUACGAUGUGAGCUUUGAUACUGGAGAUAAAGCCAUUCAAUGUGGACGGCACAAUGAUGUUUUCAAGCUUUGGUUGAUGUGGAAGAGCAAGGGAAUGGAGGGAUAUCGUCAGCAAAUUAAUAAGUUGAUGGAUUUGGCCAACUAUUUUACCAGGAGAAUUAAGGAAACUGAAGGAUUUGAGUUGAUUAUUGAGAAUCCCGAAUUCCUGAACAUUUGUUUCUGGUACGUGCCUUCAAAGAUUCGAAACUUGGAGCCUGCUGAAAUGCGUGCUCGUUUGGAGAAAAUUGCCCCAAAAAUUAAAGCCGGCAUGAUGCAAAGAGGUACCACAAUGGUUGGAUAUCAACCGGAUAAGCAGCGACCAAAUUUCUUCCGAAUGAUUAUUUCGAAUCAGGCAAUCACUCGCGAGGACCUCGACUUUCUCAUCAAGGAAAUUGUGGACAUUGGAGAGUCUUUGGAAUAAUUUUUUCGCGCUGCUUCUGUACCUUUAUAUUAUUUUGAGCUCCCCAUAUGCUUCUUAGAUUUGAAAAUGUUCAAGAAAACCUGAAACCCAAAAAGAAAUGUAUAUUUUAUGAAACAGUAUUUAAUUUAUUUAUUGCAUUAUUUCAUAUUAUAUAAAGAUUGUAGUGAAU